AUGAUAUACAGUCCUGUACAGUAUUUAUUUUUACACACAGCUCCUUUGAAACCUGCUGAAACCAUUUUUGAGCUUGGCUUUGAAAAAAUGGGAAAGAAGCAGAACAAAGAGCAAGUUCCUCCGACAUCAGGCCCUCAGCAACACCAGCAUAAAGCAGCCUCGGGAGGAAAGCUAUUGAAGAAGCCUGGAGCUGCUGGUGGAGGUGGUGUUGGUGGAGGUGAUGCAGGCCAGAAGCCAAGGACCUUUCCUUCCUUGGAGGCUGCUGUUAAAGCUCUUGAUUUGAAAGAACUCCAGGAACAGUUGGAUAAAAGUCAGAACCUGUUCCCUGGAAAUCCCUCUGUUUGGGUGAAGGAUUUGGCUAGCUAUCUGAACUACAAACUGCAAGCACCAGAAACUGACCCGACCCUCAGCCAAUAUUCUUAUGACUAUCCAUACAACCUUGCUGGGAAGGAGCUUCGGAACAUUAUUAAAUCACUGUUAACAAAAGCAGGUGAUACCCUGGAGCACUUCUUUGACCAUUGCAUUUACACAAUGUUGCGUGAACAGGAUAAGACUUCAGGUGAAUCUUUGCAUGGCUUCAGAAUUUGUAUUCAAGCUAUAUUGCUGGACACACCUAAAAUUGGAACAAUGAAUCUGGGGAAGCACAUGGAAUUGCUGAGGUCCCAUCAGAACCGGCCAGUUAAAUGCCUGACCAUCAUGUGGGCAUUGGGGCAGGCUGGUACAGACUUGUCAGAAGGAUUGAAAGUCUGGCUUGGAAUCAUGCUUCCUGUAUUGGGCAUCAAAUCUCUAUCAUCCUAUGCCAUAAGUUACUUGGACAAACUACUAAUGAUGCAUUCUAAUCUGAUCAAAGGAUUUGGAAUAAUUGGACCAAAGGACUUCUUUCCUCUGCUAGAUUUUGCUUUUAUGCCCAAUAAUUCUCUUUCACCUAAUUUGCAGGAUCAAUUGCGCCACCUUUAUCCUAGACUGAAAGUUUUGGCAUUUGGUGCUAAACCUGAAUCUACCCUGCACACCUACUUCCCUUCCUUCCUGUCCAGAGCAACUCCCAACUGCCCUGCAGACAUGAAAAAAGAGCUCUUGCAAUGUAUGGUGGAGUGCCUGAACAAGGAUUCUCAUAGCUUCAGCGUCUGGAGACAGCUGUACACAAAGCAUUUGGCGCAAUCAAGUCUCCUGCUGAAUAAUCUCUUAGAAACCUGGGCCAACACUCCAGCCAAGGUGCAGAAAGCUCUGCAGGAGACUGUACGUUCGUUUAAAGUAACAAACGAGGAACUGUCUGCGAAAGGUGCCAACAAUGUAGAGGAAAUAGCUGCCUGCAACACUGCCUGCAAUUUCCUCCUGCAAAAGUUGAAAGGUGGUGGAUUCCCCUGGUCUCGUCUGCUGUUCGUUCUUGUAGUUUUUGUUGCAGGUUUUGUGAUACAGGAUAUCAGAAUACAUGGCUCCUUCAAUGCUUCAUCUUCUGCCCAUGUCCUGCAGCAGUCAGGAGUGAUGUCCGUGUCUCAACAGGCUUGGAAUAAAAUUUCUUAUUAUUCUAAACAGGGAUACAGUUGGAUGGAAACAAAUACUCCUCAUUACUACUCUGAAGCUAUAACAAAGGUGCGGCCAAACCUUGAGCUGGUAGGGGGAAAGCUGAUUGAAUUGGCUGUGUAUACAAGAGACAAACUCUCCAAUCAGAUAAUAUGGAUCAAUGAAAAUGUACCCAAGCUUAUUGAAUGGCUUCGUUCUAAUUUCCCAGAUGCAGUGUUGCAGUUUAUGAAGUAUGUAAAAGAAUUGCUUCUGUUUAUACAGCAAAACUACCUGUGCCCAGCAUUGGAAUAUGUGAAAACUGUUAUUAAACAAUGGUGGACACAUCUAGUCAAUUCUUGCGAGGGUGAAAUCAGCUGGGACUGUGUUAAAAAUCACUUCAUUAACAGCAGCCACUUCACAUGGAGUUACGUGCAGAACACCACAAUAGCUGUCAAAAACUGGGCCUCAUCCAUGAUCUCCAAUCACUGAAGGUGUGUCUCAUGUUUUUGAGACUCGUGAUUAUUCCAAUGAAGCAAUUUUUAGAAGGUUUGGUUAACUCGUUAUCUGCAGUGGACAGACUUGGGAACCUGAAAAGUAAAAAUGACACUUAAUUCUAGGCUUUGUUAUAACAGAAUUUUUAUCUCUUAAAAUGCAUGUAUUUUGUAUCCAGUUUUUUUCCAAAGCUCUUCAAGAUCUUAACUAUCAGUGUCUUCUGUACUGUUGACUGUACACAUUCCGAUGCUCCAACACUGAUGCUGGAUCACGAGCGACUGUUAACGUAAUGCUGCAACAUUAUUUGAAAAUGUUAACUCGGUGUCAUAAAGCAGCUGUAUCUUGCUCUUCUCACUCCCCACCACCUUCCCCCCAUCUCAAUUCUGCUGUAAUCACCAGACUCUUGGUUCAAAUAGACCGUCUAAUGCCAGGCGUGGACCAGUUUAAUAUUGCAACUAUUCAUAUUGUUUUCUUUUCUAGCCCUGUGCCCUCUGAAUAUUUGAGGACACCUAAUUUAGUGGUUUUGCCAUGUUAAAUGUUGCCAUCUGUUUAAAUAAUGAGUUGAGCUGUUUUGUGGUGCAUAUUGUCUGGCAGGAAGCUGGAACGAUCAGCUGAUACUUUGAACGAUCAACAAUAUGUAGGUUACUUAUGUGUCUAGUCUUAAGAAAAAGGGUCAAACCCAGCUUUAAUUUCUUGCCACAAAUUGAUCUGAAAAGGGGCACUGACAUUUCUAUCCUAGCUCAAUCUUUUCUUAUAUUUUAGUUUAUCUGUAAUUUUAUUUUAGUUUGGGGAGAUAUCUGGGCACCACACACUUCACGGCUACUUCAAUUACCCGGCAAAGUGUUUGAAAAAACGCUCUCGCAUAUAAAGUGGAUGUCCUGCAGAGAAACGAUUGUGUAUCGUGCUGGCUGAGCGACUGCAAAACCUUGACUCUUGAGGCAUUUUUUGAUCUCGUGGAUCUGUGUAACUAACCAACAUGGGAUUCCCCGCAGAGACUUACCUUAUGUUUUUCAGGUGGGACCUGCUUUUAGGUACAAUUUUCCCAAUCGAGUGCUAUUUCAAUGCAAGUAUUGUAAAUACUCCACUUUUAUUAUCUUAAUUAUUUAAUUUUCAUUGUGUUCCUUUCCUGUAUCCACCGUAAAUUCAAAUUAACCUCUGUUGAAAUGGGACUCAUCAUGCAGUCGAAUGAAUGACCUUCACGUCUGGAUGAUGAGUCUGCUAAUAAUGUAUUUAAAGUUAUUUCUCACAUAUAAUUUUCCCUCAACCUAUUGUGUGUAACAGUUAUUUCUCCAUUAGACAAUUAUUCAUACUGUUGAGAAAAUCAAUUCUUAAUUUGAAGACUGCAUUUGCCAAAGGAAUCUUUUUACUGAUAUUUCAUCAGUUGACUUGUGGGAUCACUGUUUGUGACUUUUUCUUAUCACUUCAGGUAAAAGUUUGGCUUUCCCCUGUAUUGCUUUGUGAACCUGUGUCUAGUAAAGUCUUAAUUUGUAAAUUAAGGAAUUCAUCUUGCAUAACAAGCUGGUCCAAUGUGCCCAAAUCGUGCUCAGGUGAAGCAAUUAAUUGCAUGUGUGUGUGAAGGUUUCCCAAGAUUAUUGUGCUACAAUAUCAAGUUUAUAAUUUUAAAAGGAUAAUUUGACAUGCAUGCACUAGAUGAAUGGUUCUGUUGUGAUGAGACUUAUUUCGGAGUAAUGGUGAAAUAUUGUGUGAAUUCUAUUUCUUCUUGUAGUGGUUUGGCUGAUACGUUUUUUUGUGAAACAAUAAAAUAAAAAUUCCAUUCCUGGUUAUUAUUGGUUAUUAAAAAUUAAAAUAUGUAUAACUCUUACCCAACCAGACCUUUAAUGCUAUCUUUCCCAUAUUAAUUCACAUGGAGGUUAUCGUUACAAUUGUCCUCGCCAGCAAAUUUGCUAACAUGUUCUCUGAAGGCACUCCAAAUCCCUUUUCUUUAUCUUGACUGUAAUUGAAACCACAAAAUAUUUUUUUGGCCAAACCUUUCAAAUGAACAUAUUUAGGAGGGAACCAGGUUGAAAAAAUUAUGACAAAUGUUUAGUUUAAGGUUCCAGCAUUUCUUUUCACUAAAGUGAGCUGGCAGAAUCCCACGAGCGCUGCCUGCCAUUCAAGAAGGUAGUGAUGCUAUCAGUAAGCAAUUUUCCCUCAUUAAUCAUAUUCCCUGUAUGCCGUGUUCUUGUAAAUUAAUGUAGAGUGCUGGCAUUAACAUGUCUUUAAUGAAAGACAUUGUGUUGACUACUUCAAUUGCAGUGUUUUGGUUCUGUUUUCCAUUGCCCAAGUUCACCCCUCACCCCUUAAAACAAAGUGUAAUUUGUAGUACCUUAACUUAGCUUUAGAAGUGUGAGAAUCAGUUGCUAGAAGAUUUGGUUUACAAUUCAUGUUACCUUUUUCUCCCUCUCUCUCACUUCCUUUUUACUCUUCCUUUCCUCCCCCAAAAAUCAAUGACACUUAAACUGUGGCUAGCCAGGCUAAUGGGGGGGGGGGGUGAGAUCCAGAUCUCCGAAACCCAGAGUCAAGUAAACAGUAAAACAAUUGGCUGCCAUGUUUUACCCACAAAAUGCACAAUCAAUCCACUUGUAGUCUAUUCUCUGCAGCACUUCGUCUAAACAACGUGAUAAGGCGCUGUAUCAAAUGCAAGGAUUAUUGUUAUUAUUACUGUAUUAAAUACAUUAUAUAUGGUCAAGUAAAGCUGUUACUGGUUAGAAAUAUUUUGGAUGACCCAAUACCUGACUCCAAUAUAUUUCAUAUGACUGUUUUUCUUUUGUGUCAAAGUAAAUACUGUAACUUCAUGACUAAUUUAUUAAUAUCGGAUAAUUUUAUAACCCAAGGAAAAUUGUAUGUGUAAUAUAUGAUUGGGGAAUCGGUGUUCUGGUUGAGCAGCGGAAGGACUAGCUAAAAGAAAUCUGUUGCGGUGUGUGCAUGCACCUAUGUAUGUAAAUUAAAUCAUGAAUUUAUUUGUUUUAAAAAUAAAAAUGUUUGACCUAUUGUCUCAA